GAUUGUCGUAAGAAGGAAGUUGUGUCCGGCUGCAGAUGGAUGGAAGGAGCAGGAAGUUGAGUGUCUCGAGAAUCAGCAGCAGCAGCAGUGCACUGUGUGAAACUGUACAGAGAUAAAUAUAUUAUUCCUGAGGAGACCCGCGAGCGGAGGGACCCCCAGAGAUCAGAGUUUAUCAGCAGCGAGCCUGGAUCUUUACACAAUAUGGGAUAUGGUCAAGCCCCUGGCAUGUUUGGAUGAUUGCUUUAGUCAUACAGAAGGAGAGAGCAGACUUUGCCUUUGAAGGUCUGAAGCUAAAACCGGACAGUGUCGCUGUCCAAAGAUGGAAGAUGAAGUCUUUGAUCAGUUUUUGGAAGUCGUCAAUCUUCUGGUCUCCUGGAUCGCUACUCUUGCCAUUGUAUUCGGCGGUGUGGUACCAUACAUCCCUCAAUACAGGGACAUUCAAAGGACUCAGAAUGCUGAGGGAUUCUCCACCUAUGUCUGCCUUGUGCUUCUUAUUGCCAACAUUUUAAGAAUACUCUUUAGGUUUGGCCGUUACUUUGAAACUGCACUCCUGUGGCAGAGCAUCAUAAUGAUCACCACCAUGCUGAUCAUGCUCAACCUGUGUACUAGUGUCCGAGUGGCUACUGAACUCAGCACCAAGCGUCGCUCAUUUACAGCAACAGACAGUAAGGACGAGGAAAUCAAAGUUCCUAAGAAGUUCUUUCUGGACUUUGAUUGUAGCUACUUCUGGGUGUGGAGUCGUUUUGUGGACUAUCUGCAGUGUGUGUUUGCCUUCACAUUGGUGGCAGCUUAUUUGACGUACCUGCUGCUGGACUCUGUGCUGUUUGUGGAGUUGCUGGGCUUCUUGGCUGUGUUCACUGAAGCUAUGCUGGGAACUCCACAACUCUACUGCAACUACCAGAACAAAUCUACAGAGGGCAUGAGCAUCAAAAUGGUUCUGAUGUGGACCAGUGGAGACACCUUUAAGACAGGCUACUUCCUGCUCACUCAGGCUCCUAUGCAGUUCUGGAUCUGCGGCUUCCUGCAGGUUUGUGUGGAUAUGGCCAUCAUGUCCCAAGUGUACUACUACAGCCGCUACCCCCAGAAACCUGCCUCACACACCACCCACACCACCAGUGCCAAGGCACUCUGAGCCACACUCAAGAAGCAAACGUGGAGCUUCAGAAAACUGAUGACUGAUGACUGGUGGUGGCCUGGAACUCUCAUCACUUUUCUUUUCCAUGUUUCACAUCCGGAACUAAAGGAUUAUUAUUAUUAUUGUUUAUUCUGUACAUGUUCAUGUAUGUGUUGAAAGAUGAGUAUGGGACCAUGUUUUAUACAUGCAGUAUGCUUUAUACAUACAUUGUGACCUCAGUAUAUAGCUGUUGUUAAGUAGUCAAACCUGUGUGGCCAAGAACAAUGGUUAUUGAUUGUUAAUGAUGUUUGCCUUAGAGACACAAGGGCUGGUUUAGGUUCACAGAAAAAAGUAAUGUACUUGACAGCUUUUUUGUGACUGCUACAUAGGGCUUGGUUUUAAUUUCCCUAUAGUAGUAUGUGAUUUAUGUUAUUAUGAUAAUAUUGACAUACUGUUGUGUUUGGAACCGGUUUCAGAUAGCGAUUUCCUUGAAGUCUGCGACAGAAUGGGUGCACAAAAUCAUUGUAUCAUUAACGGAAGGAAAGCAUGAUUUGGUGCACAAUUUUUCACAAUAUGUUUAGUUUACUUUGUGAAAUCAGCACAAGGGCAGAAUUAUACUGUGCCACAAUAUUCAUUCCUAUAGCAUAUUGGCAUAUUGCACCAUGACCAAUAAUAAUACCUUCAACAAUCAUCUGGUUGGAUAUUUGACAGCUCAUCUUGGCAGAAAUUAAUUACUUGGUUUUCAAGGAUUCAAGGAGAUUUUAUUGUCAUUCGCAUCUUAUGUGGUACAUGAGGUGGAACGAAAUUGUGAUCUCACAAUCCAGUUUACACCCAGGAGCUGUUAUUAAAUACCCCAAAUGAAAUAAAUAGAAAGAGUAGACAGGUUGCAACAACAAGUCCAGAGUGCAAAUGUGCUAUAGCAGCAUGAAAUGAAUUAGAGCAGUAGAAAAUAAAGUGUCUCAGUGCGGGUAAAGUGACCGUGUUUGUGCAGUAAUUGUCCUUGUGUGUCAGUGCAGUGUGUUGUUAAGUGGAGUUUAAGAGUCUUACAGCUUCCGGAAUGAAGCUGUUUCUCAGUCUGGUUGUUUUGCACUUGAUGCUCCGCAGCCUCCGUCCUGAGGGAAGCGGGACAAAAAGUGCAUGUGCUGGGUGGGUGGGAUCCUUCCUGAUGCAGGUGGCCCUCUUCCUGCAUCUGGAGGUGUAGAUGUCCAUGGUGCUGGGGAAGCUGACUCCAACAAUCCUCUGUACUGAUGUCCAUAUAUUUUUGAAUCAGGGCUUCUAUGCCAAACAAUUAAUGUUAACUUGCUUUAUCCAAUCCAGAGCCAUCUCUGAAAGCUGAAAAACCCAUCCAACUUAUCUGAUUGAUAGUCUCUGUUAGGGUCACUUUAACGUUUAUCAGUUCAGUUUUCUGACCGUUUGAGGCUAAAUAGAAAAUUAGGUGUUAAUAAUUUAUUAUUUAUUUUUGCCCAUUUGGCAUCAUCAGGAAGAAACUGGUUUCAUAUUUUUUCCAAUUUUUUUCUUUUUCUUUUUUUUUUAUCAGGAUCUGAAUUCCAGAAAAAUAUAUAUUUCACUAGAUUAUUUUUUUUGUAUACCAUCAGAUUUUUAUUACAAAAUGCAAAAAUUCUUUAAUAUGUCAAAUUAAAAACAUUAAGUAAUUAAGUUUUAAACACAAAUUUCAAUUUUUAAAUUUAGCCUCAAACGGUCAAAAAAAUAAACUUAUAAAGGUUAUACUGACCAGUUAGGCUCUUCUUUAUUAGUCUAUCCAGUCUUUAUCUCAUUUGACAAUGAAACUUUCCUUCAGAAAGCUUUUAUCUUUUUUUUCUUUCUAUUUGAUCAACUUAAGUUGAGUUUAAAAGUGUCUGUUUUCAAGUAGGGGCUUCGUUUUUUGGCUGCAGCUUCCAGUUCAUGAGUAUGUUGUGCAAAUCUAUGAUCUCCUAUGAGCUCCUUUGACUUUUACACUGAACUGUGUGCUAGUCCAUUCAUUCAGCGCUGUCAAACAAACCCUUUUGUUAAAAACCUGUAUGUAUAAUUUUGAGCUAGUGCUGAUUUUUUGAUUGAUUUUUUUUUCUGUUAAAAACGAAAAGUUAAGAUAUAACAAAAAGCCCAAUAUUUCUAUGAUAAGUUCAUGUAAUCUUCCAACCACAACUGUAUGUGAUAUUGUUUUAGCAAUACAUUAGCAGUUCAUUUUGUAGAUGCUAGAUAGAUCAGAAAAAAAUGUUUUUUUUGUGUCAAAAUAAUUAUUUUUAUUCUAUUUUGGUAUCCAGUUGUAACCACUUCAGUUGAAUGACUAUCUGAGAUUAUGUGCUCUUAUGUACAUCAUUCAGUUUAAUAGAUGGUCUGUGGGAUAAUACUGAAGAAAGUAUCAAAAAAGAAAUUAAUCUUUUUUAAAAUCACCUAAUGGUUUAUUCAAGGAGUAUUUUGGGACCAAAUGUUUCAAUAUACUGAACUAAGUGAGUUCUGACUGAAGGUGCUAUUUAGAGUAGUGUUUGUAGUUAUGGAUGUUGAUAAUUAGUUGCAUUUUAAUACACGCUUCUAUUGAAUGAGAUAUGAAAUGUACAGAUACAAAUGGUAUGUUUAUGACACUUGGGUUUAUCAGAGAAUUUCAGUUUCAGGGUGAUCAUAUUCCUGAGAAAUAAGAGAUUUUAUUUUUUAUUUAGAUGUGGGUAAAUUUAGUUUAUUCUUAGUUUUUUAUUUUUUACUCAUUCAAACCACAAGAUUUUCAAUUUUUAUAUCUUAUUUGUGAGGGUAUUUAAAUGUUUAAAUAUGUUAUUUUAGGUCAUAUUUUAUUACAUAUUUUGGGAGCUGGUUUUGUUUCAAAAGUGGUGUAUUUAAAAAAUCAGUUUAUUGCAUACAAUUAUUUUGAUAGCUGUAGAAUACAUUUGAAUAACUUUGAGGUACCUUUGCACAGAAGUUGCUACACAAUCUUUUUUUUUUUUGGUCAUAUUGGGCAUGAUUAACUCCUUUGUUUAUAAUUCAUGUUUUAUAUAAUUUAAACUUGCCAGUUUAUUAGCCAUUUAUUCCUUUUAACUACACUCACUGGACAUUAUUUCAGGUACGCCAGCCACAUAGGGUGUACUUUGUAGGUUUACAGUUACUGAUUGUAGUUCAUGUGAUGCAUGAAUUAUACAUCUUCUACUUUUUAUCCUCUAAGGUCAUCCCAGGUCAUUGAAACUUGGAUUUUGUAAUCACUGGAACUGAAGGGAACAGUUGAUGUGCCUACCAAGCAUAAAAAGGAAAAAAAAACAGUGGUCAGUAGAAAAAUAUAUGACCAGUGGUUCCACUUUCCAAUAACAGAGGGAAUAGAGGGUGGCUGUAAAAUGUGCUGCAAGAGUAUGCUUUAUUAUGUUGCUGAUAUUAUUACGUCAUCUAUUUUAUUCAAAGGUCCUGCCAUUUGUGUUGUGUUUUAUAUUUUAUAAUGUCCCAAUGCCAAAACAGUUGCCAAAAAAGUAAUGAUUCCUGUGUACCACUCAGUUUGGUCACCCUCUUUUUUCUUCUUCUUGUUUUGUACUAUUUUAUUGUUUUACUAUUGUAUUGUUUUACUGGAUUAUCAGCUGUAUUUUUUUUGAGACCACACCAAGUUAUUUAUGUAAUCCUUCACAAUUAUUUUCUGUCUCUGUUAUUGGUCAUUUUUAUGUCUGUGUACAUCCAAAAUCCAAAACAACCUUAUGAUUUUGUUUCUCUUAUUUCAAUUGUCCUUUUUUUAUAUGCAUAUUUCUGUUUGAUUUUUUGCAUGUUGGGCAGUUUUAUGUUGUUGAGAUCAGGUAAGGGUCUGGGUAAGUAUUACAUUCUGAUGAGAAUGAUGAUCAGGAUUAUCAUUCAUGUGUAAAAGUACACCAAUUAAAAUGUUUAUCUUAUUUUUAA